AUGCCUCCAUCGAUUGACUCGGUCAAGGUUGAGGAGCCUGUUGAGGAAUUUGCUCCUGUUUUGUAUCCGUUGAGGGAUAUUGAGAAGCCCGAGGCUGUUGAACCGAUUACUGGAGGAUGGAAAGAGGGCGUGCCUAUUGCAAUAGAUUUCGGGUCGUACCAGACUCGGAUUGGAUAUGCGAAUGAGGAGAGUCCGAGUCAUGAGUUUUUCUCUCAGGUUUCGAAGUUCAGAGACAGGAGAGCUAAUCGAAGUUAUACUUUGGUGGGCAACGAUAUUUAUUUAGAUGCUACAGCUCGUCAGAGCAUCAAGUCUCCGUUUGAUGGUCCAUUGAUAUCGAAUUGGGACGCUACUGAGACGAUAUUAGAUUACAGUUUUGCCAAAUUGUCAGUGGGAUCCAGAAACGGGGUUGAAAAUCCGAUUGUAAUGACGGAGAUUUUGGGUGCACCAGAACCGCAGCGGAAAUUCAUGAAUGAACUGCUGUUUGAAGGGUACAAUGUUCCUAGUUUGACUUAUGGUAUUGAUUCGCUGUUCUCGUUCCAUUAUAAUCAGGGUGUCAAUGUUUCAGACAGCAGUCAUACGGGUAUUGUGGUUUCUUGUGGCCAUGAAGCGACACAUAUCAUUCCAGUAAUUAAAGGAAGAGGAAUUCUGUCCCAGGCUAAACGAAUCAAUUGGGGUGGUAGACAGGCGUCUUCGUAUCUCCAAGCUCUACUGGCACUGAAAUAUCCUUACUUUCCAACGAAAGUGACACCCAGUCAAGCCACAUAUAUGAUCCACGAUCACUGCUACGUGUCGUCAGAUUACCCUCAAGAACUGUCGAAUUACCUUGAAUACUCGACAAUGUCGACUCGUGAACGGAUAAUACAGGCUCCGUUUACUGAAGUGGUGGUACAGGAAAAAUCAGAAGAAGAGCUGGCACGUAUUGCUGAGCAGAGAAAAGAGUCGGGUAGGAGAUUACAAGAGCAGGCUGCAAAAAAGAGACUGGAGAAACUGGUGCAACAAGAACAGGAAUUAGAGUAUUAUAACGAGCUUAAAAACCGAAUUGCCAGUGCCCCGAAUAAAAAAGAAGUCAAGAGAAUGCUAGAUGGCGAGGGUAUUAAAGACGAGGCAGCACUUCAAAAGACGAUCUCAGAGCUUGAGAAAACCAUUCGACGAGGUCGUAAGCAGGAUGUAGGUGAUGACACUGAAGAACAGGUGGCCCCGUCGUUCCCAUUAGUUGAGAUUCCAGAUGAAGAUCUCGAUGAAGAGCAGAUUAAAGAAAAGCGACGACAGCGGCUGUUAAAGGCCAGUUACGACGCUAGAAUGAGAGCUAAAGAAGAGAAACUGCUUGAAGAGCAGCGACUGGCUGAAGAAGCUCGAAAAGAUGAUGAAUGGAGAGAAGCAGAUUUAGAAGGCUGGAUAAAGGAAAAACGGGAUAAAUUGGAUGGAUUACUAGCAAAUGUUCGAGAGAAAGAACGACUUCGGGAAGAAUUAAGUAAUCGUAAAUCGCAUGCCUCACAAAUGAGAAUGAAAUCAAUUGCAGUUUUGGCUUCUGAUUCACGAGGUGGUAAUAAACGAAGACGAGCUGCUGGAGCUGGAGAUGACGAUCCUGACGAUACGUUUGGAGCCAACGACGACGACUGGGCUGUAUAUCGCCGUAUUGCGAAUGCCAGUGACAGUGAAGAAGAGGAAGAAGAAAAGAAUACAAUUAAAGCAUUACAAGAACAACUACUUCAACACGACCCUACAUUCUCAAUUGAAGACACGCGAGAAGCACAACUGGACUGGAGAAAAAGUACCAUUCACAUGUUCUUACGAGGACCGCACGAGUUCGAUCCCGAGUCGCGAGCUCAGUCACAUCAACUGAACUUGAAUGUCGAACGAAUCAGAGUUCCCGAAGUGCUUUUCCAGCCAUCAAUUGCCGGUGUCGACCAAGCAGGCAUUGUCGAAGUCUGCGGAGAUAUCCUUCUCCGGAACAAGACUAUCCCCUACGCCAACAACCUCUUCCUUCACGGCGGUCAAGCACACUUCCCCAACUUCGAAGACCGUCUUUUCAACGAACUACGGGCCAUUCUCCCUGUCAAUACCUCUCUCUCGGUCAAACGAGCGUCCAACCUCUCCUUCGACGCCUGGCGCGGCAUGGCUCAGUGGUCGCUAACCGACGACUUCCGGUCCUCAGUGGUGACCCGCGAGGACUACCUCGAAAUGGGCAGUGGCUACAUCAAAGAGCACGGCUUUGGCAAUGCUCUAGUACGAUAG